GUAUUCAGUCUAUUAGAAAAAGCUUGGUCUGGUUCCCCUGUGAAGUUUGCUUGGCAGAAAACUUUGGGAAAUUUCCUUGCUGUAACAGGAGGUGAUCAUGCUGUGAAAAUUUUUGAUCGUCAUGGUCAGAAGAGAAAUGAAAUCAGCUUGCCAGGUAACUGUGUUGCUAUGGACUGGGAUAAAGAUGGAGAUACUUUAGCAAUAAUCACAGACAAAUCUAGUGCCAUAUUUCUGUGGGAUGCGAACACAAACAAAACAAGCCAAGUAGACAGUGGCAUGAGGGAUGCAAUGUCUUUCGUAUUAUGGUCUCGAGUUGGAACUUUACUUGCUGUUGGAACAACAAAGGGAAACUUACUCAUAUAUAACCGUCAGACUUCUCGCAAGAUUCCUGUUCUUGGUAAGCACACUAGGCGGAUUACUUGUGGUUGUUGGAGUACUGAAAACCUUCUGGCUCUAGGCGGUGAAGACAAAAUGAUUACUAUAAGCAAUCAGGAAGGGGAUACUAUAAGACAGACCUCAGUGAGCUCAGAUCCCAGUGAUAUGCAGUUCUCAGUUAUGAAGACUGAUGAAAGAAUAUCAACCAGGGAAAGCACAGUAAGUGUAGUGGUUGGCAAGAAGACUCUCUUUCUUUUUAAUUUGAAUGAUCCUGAUAACCCGAUUGAUCUGAAAUUUCAGCAGCCUUAUGGCAGUAUUGUAACCUACAGAUGGUACGGUGAUGGCUACAUUAUGAUUGGUUUCUCACGAGGGUGUUUUGUAGUCAUUUCUACACACAUUCGUGAGAUAGGUCAAGAAAUCUUUCAAGCUCAUAAUCAUAAGGAUAAUCUAAGCAGCAUUGCCAUAUCACAGUCAUUAAACAAAGCUGCAUCAUGUGGAGACAAUUGCAUUAAAAUCCAUGAUCUGUCUGACCUGAGAGAAAUGUAUGCCAUAAUAAACUUGGAUGAUGAAAACAAAGGUGUAGAUCAGCUGGCUUGGACAGAUGAUGGACAGUUGCUGGCAGUAUCAACACGAAGAGGUUCCCUCCAUGUUUUCUUGACAAAGCUUCCAAUCCUUGGAGAUGCUUGCAGUACACGGAUUGCGUACCUCACUUCUCUUCUUGAAGUUACUGUAGCAAAUCACGUGGAGAGAGAGGUACCAGUCACAGUCUCUGUUGAAGUAGAGCCCAGUUUUGUUGCUAUUGGUGUUUAUCAUUUGGCUGUAGGAAUGAACAAUCGGGCUUGGUUUUAUGCACUUGGAGAGAAUAAUGUAAAAAAGCUUAAAGAUGUGGAGUACCUGGGAACAGUAGCAAGUAUGCACCUUAAUUCUGAUUAUGCUGCUGCUCUCUUUGAGGGUAAAGUCCAGUUGCAUAUGAUAGAAAGUGAAGGUUUGGAUGCUCAGGAAGAAAGAGAAACUCGACUAUUCCCAGCAGAUGAUGAUAAAUACCGAAUUUUGUGCCAUGCUUUAACUAGUGACUUCCUCAUAUAUGGUACAGACACUGGAGUUAUUCAUUAUUUCUACAUUGAAGACUGGCAAUAUGUGAAUGAGUAUCGGCAUCCUGUCAGUGUGAGAAAAAUUUUUCCAGAUCCCAAUGGAACCAGAUUGGCUUUCAUAGAUGACAAAAGUGAUGGCUUUGUCUAUUGUCCAGUAAAUGAUAGCUUAUAUGAGAUUCCAAACUUCUCACCAGCUAUUAAAGGAAUCCUGUGGGAAAACUGGCCAAUGGAUAAAGGUGUUUUUGUUGCUUUUGAUGAUGAUAAAGUGUACACUUAUGUAUUUCAUAAGGAUGCCAUUCAAGGAUCAAAGAUUAUUUUGGCAGGUGGCACGGAAGUCCCUUUUUCACAUAAACCUUUGUUGCUGUAUAAUGGAGAAUUAACCUGUCAGACUCUGAGUGGGAAAACAAACAAUAUCUAUCUAAGCACUCACAGUUUCCUUGGCAAUUGGAAAGACUUUGGACCUAAUGAGCUGACACAAAUGCUUACUCAGACUUUAAUGUUGAAAAGGUUUUCUGAAGCAUGGGAGGUGUGCAGACUUCUGAAUGACCAGUCUGGUUGGAAUGAGCUGGCCAAAGCUUGCUUGCAUCAUAUGGAGGUGGAUUUUGCAAUACGUGUUUAUCGGACAUCUGGUAAUGCUGGGAUGGUGAUGUCACUAGAGCAAAUAAAGGGAAUAGAAGACCACAACCUUUUAGCAGGACAUCUUGCCAUGUUUACUAGUGAUUUUAAUCUGGCUCAGGAUUUAUAUCUGGCAUCCUCCUGUCCUAUUGCUGCACUUGAGAUGCGAAAAGACUUGCAGCACUGGGACAGUGCACUUCAGCUGGCUAAGCGUUUGGCCCCAGACCAAAUCCCCUUCAUAUCAAAGGAAUAUGCAAUGCAGCUUGAAUUCACGGGUGAUUAUAUUAAUGCUCUGGCACAUUAUGAGAAGGGAGUCACUGGAAACAAUAAGGAACAUGAUGAGGCUUGCCUUGCUGGAGUGGCUCAAAUGUCCAUCCGAAUGGGAGAUAUCCGCCGAGGGGUAAACCAGGCCAUUAAACAUCCCAGUAGGUUACUAAAAAGAGACUGUGGAGCUAUUCUGGAGAGCAUGAAGCAAUUUUCAGAAGCUGCUCAGCUGUAUGAGAAGGGACAAUAUUAUGACAAGGCAGCAUCAGUAUACAUCCGGUGUAAAAACUGGGCAAAGGUUGGUGAACUACUUCCUCAUGUUUCAUCUCCAAAGAUUCACUUACAAUAUGCAAAAGCCAAAGAAGCAGAUGGCAGGUACAAGGAAGCUGUGAUAGCUUAUGAGCAUGCAAAACAAUGGGACAGUGUAAUUCGACUAUAUUUGGACCACCUCAAUAAUCCUGAAAAGGCUGUUAAUAUUGUGAGAGAAACACAGUCUCUUGACGGAGCAAAGAUGGUGGCCAGAUUCUUUCUGCAGCUUGGUGACUAUGGUUCUGCCAUCCAGUUCCUGGUCAUGUCCAAGUGCAAUAAUGAAGCUUUCACAUUAGCUCAACAACACAACAAGAUGGAGAUUUAUGCUGAUAUAAUCAGUUCUGAAAGUACUACCAAUGAAGAUUAUCAGAGCAUUGCAUUAUAUUUUGAAGGAGAAAAGAAAUAUUUCCAGGCGGGAAAAUUUUUCUUGCUGUGUGGUCAAUAUGGACGGGCAUUAAAGCACUUUAUGAAAAGUCCAAGCACAGAAGAUAACUUGGCUAUAGAAAUGGCAAUUGAAACAGUGGGACGGGCAAAAGAUGAAGCCCUAACAAAUCAGCUGAUAGACUAUCUUAUGGGAGAGAGUGAUGGCAUGCCCAAGGAUGCCAAGUACCUAUUCCGCUUAUACAUGGCACUAAAGCAAUACAGAGAAGCUGCCAGAACUGCUAUAAUAAUUGCCAGGGAGGAGCAGUGUUCAGGAAACUACCGAAAUGCACAUGAUGUUCUUUUCAGUAUGUAUUCAGAGUUAAAGACCCAGAAGAUUAAAAUUCCUUCUGAGAUGGCUACAAACCUUAUGAUUCUACACAGCUAUAUUUUAGUGAAGACUUACGUGAGACGUGGUGAUCACCUGAAGGGAGCACGUAUGCUUAUACGUGUAGCCAACAACAUCAGCAAGUUCCCAUCACACAUUGUGCCAAUUUUGACUUCAACUGUAAUUGAGUGUCAUAGAGCAGGAUUGAAGAACUCAGCCUUCAGUUUUGCUGCUAUGUUGAUGAGACCUGAGUAUCGUAAUAAAAUAGAUCUUAAAUACAAAAAGAAAAUUGAAGCAAUGGUCAGACGUCCAGACACAACAGAGACAGAAGAGCCAACAACAGCCUGUCCCUAUUGUGCAUUCCAGCUUCCAGAGUGUGAACUGUUGUGUCCCAGCUGUAAAAACAAUCUCCCGUACUGUAUUGCAACUGGUCGGCAUAUGGUUCAGGAUGACUGGACAGUCUGCCCACACUGUGACUUCCCUGCCCUCUAUUCAGAAUUCAAGAACAUGUUACAGACUGAAAACAUAUGUCCAAUGUGUUCUGAACGGAUUAACAUUGCUCAUCUUAAGAAAAUAAAUGAUUGCACACAGUACCUCAAACCAGAAGAUGGAGACCAAUAA